AAGACUUGACUCGCUAUACAAGAGAGGAUAAGAGAAUACACACUUCAUUCUGAACUAAACUUUCAAUCUACUGGUAGGCUAAGUCAGGCUACAUGAUAACAAUGGCAACAUUCCUAAACUAGGAAUGUCAUUUUGACAUCUGAGGAUGAGAUGGAUCAACUAAGGACAUUUUUAAAUCCUUUUUUUCCUUUUCAUUUUGGUUGAAGAAGCAGCCUUCACAUUCCUGGAUCAGAAAAAUAACGUAUAUUUCUAAAACCACCUAUGGACAGACAUAGCAUCAAACUAGAGGUGGUUUGAUCAGGUAUAUCCCACCUGUAACUCUCCAGUGACUCCUCUGUCCUGCUACAGGGCAGAGGUGAAACCGACAGACAUGUCCACCGGCUCAGAAAGCGACGGAGAGGACAUUGARACACGUCACAAACGGACUGACGCUCCGUUCGAAAGCAACAAAACCAAACGGAACGUUGCACAGAGACGUUACACUUCCAACGAGUGCUCAGACGACGAGUUCGCUACUGACGACGGUCACGAAGUCGAAACCAAGCGAUCGCACAGCGCCGCUGCCGGAGGAAAACAMCUUCAUCAAAAGGAUGGUCGGCAGAUGCAAAGGAACGCUGCGAACGCCAGAGAGAGGGCGAGGAUGAGGCUGCUGAGCAAAGCGUUUUCCAGGCUGAAAACGUGCCUGCCGUGGGUCCCGGCCGAUACCAAACUGUCCAAACUGGACACGCUGCGACUAGCAUCUAGCUAUAUAACACACCUCCGACAGCUACUACAAGACAACCACUACGAGAGCAGCGUUGUACACCCUGUCAGCCUGACUUGGCCAUUUGUGGUAGGAUAGAUCAGAGGACAACAAGGACAUCUCUGCAGCGGACUGUGUGGAGUUUAAUCAUAGGACAGAGGGAUCUCUCUCUCUGCUGGGACAGUCCUGUCUCCCUGGCUGCUGGCACCCUAUUUCUUUACAUAGUGCACUAAAGUUACUGCACUAUAUUGGGAAUAGGGAGGAUGCCAUUUG